AUGCAUGAUUCGCAGGAAACUUUGCUUAGUGAUCGAUACUAUGAGCAAGACCAAUACUCGUACCUUCUCGGUCAGACGGAUCUUUUCACGCACUUUAUAGAUAUCAAGGCGCGUUAUAUCACAAAACUCGUGAUCCGCAAUAUUGGACUCGCAGCCGAAGCCAUUGAAGGCGACGAGAAUGCAGGUCAUCGCAAGUCUGAGAAGGAAGAUGAUGAUGAAUUGUUGAAUGAUGGGGGAUUCGCUGCGGAUGGAGACGACCAACCCUAUGUCUUUGAAGAGUCACCGAGCUAUGUUAACGAUACGAUGAAGACAUCAACUUUAAGGACUGAAUUGGAUGGUCUCGUUGCACCACAACGGGUUGAACGGGUCUCGGUAAAUCAUCGCAGACCAUCUCUUUGCUUCCCUACUUGGAACAUCAUCGCGAUACUCUUGGUCCCCCAUCUGAUUGCUUGCACGAUACUCAUUCACUGA